AUGAGCGAUGGGGGGAGCGAGGCCGGCAGGCGAGCCUUCCUGCUGGGGGGCCCCGGCGGCUCCCCGGAGCGAGGCCGGGAGCAGGCGCUGGAGGCCGCCAAAGUCCGAGCCGGGGCGGCCGGAGGAGGAGGAGGACUCAAGGAGGUCCUGGCGGCCGGCGGGACCUCGGCGUCCAGCCCCGGCUCGUCCAAGGACUGCGCCCCGGAGACCGACAGCCAAGCGGCGGGAGGCGAGUCCGACUACUGCCGCCGGAUCCUGGUGCGAGAUGCCAAAGGGACCAUCCGGGAGAUUGUCCUUCCCAAAGGUUUGGACCUGGAUCGGCCCAAGAGGACCCGGACCUCUUUCACCGCCGAGCAGCUCUACCGUUUGGAGCUGGAAUUCCAGCGCUGCCAGUACGUCGUGGGCCGGGAAAGAACGGAGCUGGCCCGGCAGCUGAACCUCUCUGAGACGCAGGUUAAGGUCUGGUUCCAGAAUCGCCGCACCAAGCAGAAAAAGGACCAGAGCAAGGACUCUGAAAAGCGGGCCUCUUCCACCUCCGAGUCCUUCGCCACCUGCAACAUCCUGCGACUCCUGGAACAAGGGAGGCUCUUAUCCGUCCCGGCGCCUCCGGCGUUGCUCUCCCCCACGUCCAACCCCAUCGGCUCCUCUUCCGGCAACGGGUCCUCAAUGGGGACAUCAGGAAACACCUCGCCAGGGCUUAGCGGCGGGGGAAGCCCUCCCGGGACGGGGGGCUUCAGCUUGCAGGUCCCCACCUUGGCCUCCUCGGCCUCCCCACGGCUCCCCGCCACCCCGCUCUGUUUCAGCGGCCCGCUGCUGGGGAGCCUGCACGAAUUGCCGACUGGUUACGGACUGGGGACUUCCGCCUUUGAGCCUUACAUGCGGCUGGAGAGGAAAGACAGUGCGAUACCCAGCAAGAAGCCGAGUCCUUAAGUCGUCCUCGGGGUGAACAACGAUCACAACGAAAGAGAAACCAGCCGAGAGUGUCGAAAGAAGGCCCCGAUCCACGCUCCUCCCGCCCUCUUGUCCUCCCACUCACAC